AUGCAGGAAGGAAGGCCCCCUGGCAUUCUUGCCCCGCUGGAUGAGGAGUGCUGGUUCUCCAAAGCCACGGGAAAGAGCUUCAAGGAGAACGUGGUGCAGGAACAGGACACCCACCCCAAGUUCCAGAAGCCCAAGCAGCUGAAGGACAAAGCAGAUUUCUGCAUCAUCCACUUCACUGGCAACAUGAGGAGUGCACACAAAGGAAGUCUCAUUUCCCUCUACCAGAUCGAAGCCCUUGAGCUCAACAGCAACCUGUACGGCAUCAGCGAGAGCAAGGUCUUCUUCUGGGCCAGCGUGCUGGCCCCCCUUGAGGAGGAGCGGGACCUGAAGAUCACGGACGUCAUCAUCGGCUUCCAGGCCUGCUGCAGGGGCUACGUGGCCAGGAGGGGUGACUCCCAGAAGAUCCCAAGCUCCAGGGAGGAGGCGUCCUUGAGUACCAGCAGCUCCUGUGUGGUCAGGGGCAGGCUUGUGCAGUGUAUCUGGACCCACACGAUGUGUGUGGUUUAUUGCAGAGAUGCACUGCUGGUGGCUGCAUCUGCAGAGCUCAGAACAACUGGAUCUUGUUCACACCCAGCCAGAGAGGAUUCCUGGGCCCACCAAGGCAGAACAGAUUUUAAGGGAGAAACAGCCUUGGACCACGUGGUGUUCUGGUUUGGCUGUGCUGACCAGCAGGUGAAGACACGCCGAUCCCCCUUCUCCCUCUGGGAUCUGGCAGAUCUCAAGAAUGCCUUCUGCGUACACCUCGCCCCAGCAUCACAGCCCAUCUUUGCCUUUGAAUGGGAAGAUCCAGUCCGGGGCACCAAAAAGCAGUUCACCUGGACUCCCCCACAAGGGUUUAGGAACUCCCCAGCCAUCUUUGGGGAAGCCUUGGCUUCUGACCUGGACUCAUUCUAUCCGGAAGAGUAUGGAUGUCGGCUCCUACAAUACAGAGAUGACCUGCUGCUGGCUGCUGAGACCAAGGAAAAAUGUUGGGAAGGGACAAAAGCCCUGCUCCAGGUAUUGAUGGAAGCAGGUUACCGGGUGUCAAGGAAGAAGGCACAGAUCUGCAAGGAGGAGGUAAGGUAUCUGGGGUUUGUUUUAAAGAAGGGCACAAGGUUCCAGACCCUAACUGGGUCCUAUAUACUAAUGGCACUAGCCUGAUAAAACAAGGACAACGGCUGUCAGGUUAGCCAAAGUGGAAGGGGCCAUCAAGACUGAAAAGGGGUGGUGGGAACUGCCAAGUG